AGGUGGCGUCUGAAGACUGUCGAGCUGCUUCGUGGUUGAUUAUCUUGGACGAAGAAGUGAAACAGCGCCUUGUGGUCGAUGUUUUACUGGACUCUGGUACCAUUGUAGUCGUGGACAGACACGGAAGACGGACAGGAGGCUGUGACAGCUGUAUGGGACAAACCAGUUCCCAGGUUGACAGAAUGACUUCUCCUGUCCGUGUGAUCGUGGUGGGAGCUGGCUGUCGAGGGGAGAUCUACUCCCAGUAUGCAUCCAUCCAUCCUGACCGCAUGAAGGUUGUUGCUGUGUCUGAUCCAAGGAAGUUCGCCCGCACCAAACUUCAGAAGCAACACAACAUCAAAGAUGAAAACACAUUUGAAGACUGGCACACUGUCGUUGAAAGAGACAAGUUUGCAGAUGCCGUGUUAAUUUGCACUCCGGAUCGCCUUCAUAAGGAACCUGCUGUGGCAUUUGCAAAGAAGGGAUACCAUGUUCUUCUGGAGAAACCGAUGGCAACAACUGCAGAGGAUUGCACAGUGAUUGUGGAGGCUUGUGUUCAGAGUGGUGUGAUGCUGUCUGUGGGUCAUGUUCUCCGCUACGAUCCACUCAUCCACAAGAUUAAGGAGCUCAUUGAUGCUGGAGUCGUUGGUGAUGUGAUCCAUAUUCAGCACCUCGAGCCGGUUGGGUCUUACCACUUCGCUCACUCGUUUGUUCGAGGAAACUGGAGGAACGAAGCAGAGAGCUCUUUUGCUCUUUUGGCCAAGUCGUGCCAUGACAUUGACCUAAUACAUCACUGGGCCGGAGCACGCAGGUGUGUGAAAGUGUCAUCGUUUGGAUCAGUCAGCCAUUUCCAAAAAAAACACAAGCCAACAGGUGCUGCAGAUCGCUGCCUCGACUGUCCAAUAGAAAAAGAAUGUCCGUACUCAGCAUGCAAAAUCUACCUGGACAAAGUGAAACGGGGUCACACCGGCUGGCCAGUAAAUGUCAUCUGCCCGAGCUCACUCCCAGACAUCGAGUCAGUAACUGAGGCACUGAGGACUGGACCAUAUGGCCGCUGUGUCUACGAGUGUGACAACGAUGUCUGCAGUAAUCAGGUGGUUAACAUGGAGUUUGAAGGUGGUCUGACAGCAGCUUUUUCCAUGGUGGCGUUCACUGAGGAGACUUGCAUGCGAAAAACAACCAUCUACGGCAGCAAGGGAGAGCUGUCAUACGAUGGCCAUGAGAUUCGUGUGUUCGACUUUCUGACCCAGAGAUCCACAAAGCACACAGCAGACAGUAAAGCUCACCAGACGUUCGGCAUGAGUGGACACGGUGGAGCCGACUACCACCUUAUAAAAGCCUUUAUUUCUGCUGUGGCGAAAAACGAUCCGUCCCUGAUUCGAUCGGGUCCUGAGGAUACGUUGCUGAGCCAUUUGCUGGUGUUUGAAGCAGAGCGCUCGCGACUGGAGGGCAGGGUGGUGUACUGUGAGGACAGUAACCAGAGCUAGAAGACUGCCAAACACUGUGAGCAUGUUAGCUCCCCUUAUAACCAAAACUUUAAUGCCAUCCAAGUGAUUGAAGAUGCUUUUAAACUGAUAGAUGAAGGAACAAAUCUGGAGGGCAGGGUGGUGUACUGUGAGGACAGUAACCAGAGCUAGAGGACUGCCAAACAUUCUGAGCAUGUUAGCUCACCUUAAAACAAACACUAUGAUGAUAUCCAAAUGAUUGAAGAUGCUUUUAAACUGAUAGAUGAAGGAACAAAUCUUGUGUAGUCAUGUAAUCAUUUCAGUGCUGUCAGUGUACUGUCAAUAACUUCAUGAUCAGUUGAUUAGUCAUGUUGUUAUCACUGCUUGAGAAACUUUCUGUAAAUAUUCAUGCCAGUUGAUCUUUCACUCCAAACAGAUUCUUGAAAUGCUCAGGGCUUAAACAACUCCUGUUUAACUACUGUAUGAAUAAAUUGCUUAUUUUCCACUA